CCAAGUGGAUAAAUAAUGUGCACUGCUCUGAGCCCCAAGGUACGGAGUGGACCUGGCCUCUCUGAUAUGCACCAGUAUAGCCAGUGGCUGGCCAGCAGACAUGAAGCUAAUUUGCUGCCGAUGAAAGAAGAUCUGGCCCUGUGGUUGACCAAUCUGUUAGGGAAGGAGAUUACAGCAGAAACUUUCAUGGAGAAGUUGGAUAAUGGUGCCUUGCUCUGUCAACUUGCAGAAACCGUGCAAGAGAAAUUCAAGGAGAGCAUGGAGGCCAACAAGCCCACAAAGAAUCUGCCCUUGAAGAAGAUUCCCUGCAAAGCCAGCGCGCCUUCAGGAUCCUUUUUCGCCAGAGACAAUACGGCAAAUUUCCUAUCCUGGUGCCGAGAUUUAGGGGUAGACGAAACGUGUCUGUUUGAAUCCGAAGGUUUGGUCCUCCACAAGCAACCCAGAGAAGUGUGUCUCUGUUUGCUAGAGCUUGGCCGGAUUGCAGCCAGGUAUGGGGUGGAGCCUCCUGGUUUGAUAAAAUUGGAAAAAGAGAUUGAACAAGAGGAAACACUCUCUGCCCCUUCUCCUUCACCUUCGCCUUCCUCAAAGUCUUCUGGAAAAAAGAGUACGGGAAACUUACUGGAUGAUGCAGUGAAACGGAUUUCUGAAGAUCCUCCCUGCAAAUGCCCGAGCAAGUUCUGUGUGGAGAGGCUCUCUCAGGGAAGGUACCGCGUCGGGGAGAAGAUCCUCUUCAUUAGGAUGCUGCACAACAAGCAUGUCAUGGUCCGUGUGGGAGGAGGAUGGGAAACUUUUGCAGGGUAUCUGCUGAAGCAUGACCCCUGCCGGAUGCUGCAGAUCUCCCGCGUGGACGGCAAAACGUCCCCCAUCCAGAGCAAAUCGCCGACACUUAAGGACAUGAAUCCAGAUAAUUACCUGGUGGUCUCUGCCAACUACAAGGCUAAGAAGGAAAUUAAAUGAAACUAGUUGGUCACUACAAGAGGACUCUCAUAAUGGCCUGUAUCCACAGCUCCAGGGUAGCCAGUCUAGUUCACAUGCUCUGAGAAUUUCUUUGGGGUAAAAAAACAUAACAGACAGAAAAAAUGUCCUCAUACUGAAACAUGUUCAAAAAGUAG